UUAGUGAAGUCGUCAUCAAGAAAACCCUCAAAGUUGUCGGCCUUCAACCCGUAUGAGAACGAGAAUGCUACUCAAGGGUUUUAAUUAAGCAACUUGUUGAUGAUACGGAUCGAACACACAAUCUGUCAUGUGUUAGGUAUUCAUCGAUGUGUAUGAAAACUCUUUUUAUCAAAUUAAAAUCAAAUGUAUUUUUUUUUUUAGAUAAACGUCUGCUUUUGUUAAUUAAGAAUGAUCAGGAACAAAAAACCAUGAUCUAGACAUGAAGUGAUCAAGUGAAUUGGAGAAGACCUAACAGCAAGACAAAUAAUCUCGCUAUUUAAAUUUGAAGAAAUAAAGGAUUAUAAAUAAAUUAUAUAAAAACAAAGGAAUAAAAAACCAUCGCAGUUCCCAAACUAGUCCGUCCGCCGGAGUCAAGACAAAUGAGCUCCCAUUAGGCGACACUCCCGACUAACGGAGAAACCUACCCCCAACUAAUCCAAAUUACACAAAGAGAAAAAAAGCCAUUAUAAUCUUUGAGCUCAAUUAACAACUCGUUCGUUAACUAGCCAUAACAGUCACUUUGUUCAUCUAAUUCGUAUCGAAAUUGGUAAGAUAUUCAAGCCAAAUUAUAAAGUGUUUUUUGCUUCUAUGGGAAAAUUAUUCACUGGAAUUGAUAGUAUAUAUCAACGCUAUGGACAACACUAUAGUCUAUUUUUUUCAGAUAAAAUUAAUAAAUUAAUAUUUGGAUCAGAAUCAAUACACAAUUAUGCACGAUUUCGAUUUUUCAAAUUUGAAGGCUUUUCUAUAUAGAAUAUCGUUCGCACAUGAAUAAAUGAAUAAACGAACUUAUAAAAAAUGGGACAAGACGACACUUGAUAGAAUGGAAAAUAUUUGUUCUCGAAUUUCAUCACGUAUAGAUGUUCGCCAAGGAUUAUGAGUCGGAUUUAUGGAUCGUGUAAAUCCACAAGUGAGCUAUACAGAGAUUGUGUAAAUACUUUUUUUUAUCCUUAAAUCGAUUGAAUUGAUAACGCAAAUAAAAUAAUCUAGAGAUAUGUUUGGAUGACAAAUUUCUGAAACGAGACAAUUUGAUCAAAUUACCUUAUGAUUGCCUCAUCUCACACUUUCUUCAUAAAAAACGCAUAAUUUCACAAAGACAUGUCCCCUCCCAUACAAACUUAAAAGUAUGCAAAACUAAACAGUUAAAAUUGACUAGUCUCAAUUGUUGCAUUCUCAUUUUGAAUUAUUAAACAAGAUUAUUUGAACUUCAUUUGGAGGUAAUUGAACAAAUUUGCCUAUUCUCAACUUUCCAUGACAAAUUUGUUACAAAUAAAAUUCAAGUUACCAAGAUGUCAGUAACUCCAAACUUGAGUGACUUUUCUAGUAAUUAACCCCAAUUUUCCUCUCUUCCAAAACAGUUCUUCAAUCAAUCCUCAUCCUCCGCCCCCUUUCUUCUUCCUCUCCUUUUUAAUCCCGUCGUUUCACCUUCCUUUCUUCCUUCCCUCCCUUUUCUCCACUGCCUUUCAUGGCCCUCUGACAAAUCUUCUGCACACUCUUCCAUCGUACUCACUCCCGAGCUUUUGUCCCCUUCCCCUCGAAACCUCUCCGCCUUUCGAAUCUCUCUAUCCUCCUCCCUGUUCCCACCUUCUUCUCCUCCCUGUUCCCACUCCUUUUCCCCCACCAAUCCUCCGACAUGCUUCACAGCUUGCUCCUCCAAUCCCCAAUCUCACCCAAUUCCGCCCCAUCCUCCAUGAAAACCAAGCGCGUCGACCGCGACCUAGCCGGCGACGACGACCCUUCAGCCAAACGCCCCAACUUCUCCGCCGGCGAGCAGAGCGAGCCGGCAGAAGAAGACCCCUCCUCUUCCUCCGCCGCCGCCGCCGUCUCCGUCGUCGAAGGCGGCGAGUCCACCGGCCUCCGCCUUCUGGGUCUCCUCCUCCAAUGCGCGGAGUGCGUCGCCAUGGACAACCUCGACGACGCCACAGAUCUCCUCCCCGAAAUCUCCGAGCUCUCCUCCCCCUUCGGCUCUUCCCCUCAACGCGUCGGCGCGUACUUCGCACACGCGCUCCAGGCGCGCGUGGUCAGCUCCUGCUUAGGCACCUACAACCCUCUAACCUCCAAGAGCCUGACGAUGACCCAGUCGCAGAAGUUCUUCACCGCCUUCCAGUCCUACAAUUCCAUCUCGCCGCUCAUCAAAUUCUCCCACUUCACCGCCAAUCAGGCCAUCUUCCAGGCUCUGGACGGCGAGGAUCGCGUCCACAUCAUCGACCUCGACAUCAUGCAGGGCCUCCAGUGGCCAGGAUUGUUCCACAUCCUCGCCUCCCGGACCAAAAAAAUCCGGUCGAUGCGGAUCACCGGGUUCGGGUCCUCGGCCGAGCUCCUCGAGUCGACCGGCCGGAGACUCGCCGAUUUCGCGAGCUCCCUGGGAUUGCCGUUCGAGUUCCAGCCGUUGGAGGGGAAGAUCGGGAGCGUGACGGAUCUGAGUCACCUCGGGAUUCGGCCGCGCGAGGCGGUGGUGGUCCACUGGAUGCACCACUGCCUCUACGACAUCACGGGGAGCGACCUGGGGACGCUCCGCGUCCUCAGCCUGCUCCGGCCGAAAUUGGUGACGAUUGUGGAGCAGGAUCUCAGCCACGGCGGGAAUUUCUUGGGGAGGUUCGUGGAGGCGCUGCAUUACUACAGCGCGUUGUUCGACGCGCUGGGGGAUGGGCUGGAUGUGGACAAUUUGGAGCGGCACACGGUGGAGCAGCAGCUGUUCGGAUGCGAGAUCCGGAAUAUUGUCGCCGUCGGCGGGCCGAAGAGGACCGGAGAAGUGAAGGUGGAGCGGUGGGGGGAGGAGUUGAGGAAAGUCGGGUUCCGACCCGUUUCGCUGGGCGGAAACCCGGCCGCACAGGCCAGUUUGUUGCUUGGGAUGUUUCCAUGGAAGGGUUAUACUCUGGUGGAGGAGGAGAACGGGUCGUUGAAGUUGGGGUGGAAGGAUUUGUCGCUGCUGACGGCGUCGGCCUGGGAACCAUCGUCGGAUUGCUGACGUUGGGUGGGGAUGAAAUCGAUGAGAUGGGACCUUCGGUUGGAUCGGAGCCCGUUUGUUUUCUGAUUUUUACAUUCUGGAGUUGGUGGUCGGCAUGGAAAUGGAAGGGAAGAACAUGGUCUCUCUUUGUUUUAGCAUCUAGGUUUUCUCUCUUUGUUAGUGUAAGAUUAAACUGUUUCUGGUAGUGAGCUGGUUAAAGAUUGAAUUUUUGUCACUGGCACUACUUGCUGCAGGCUGCUAAUUGAAAAUCCAGGUUCUCAAAAUGGCUCAUAUCUAACAGAGUGCAGAGUUGCUAUCUAGCUGCAAAUGUGUUGCAGCUUACUGCCAGAAACAAGUAGCAUCUGUUGAUUUUGUGCAGGUGCCAUAAAUGGCAUUUCUGCUAUGGUUAUAGCUUUCAUUGUGCAAGAUUGAUUCUCCAUAGUAGCGCAAGUUCAUGCUCGAAGAACACUUUUUCUGGUUGUAGGUACUUCUUCUCUUCCACUAUCAUUCUUGUAAAGCUUCUUUGUGAAACAUAUCCAGAUAAUUGAGUAGCUGUUUACAGUAAUGCCUCUCAGGCGAAAUGCUCUGCUUGUAGUUUACUCACCCUGAUGAUGAAUGAGUCCAUGUAAUGUAAGCUCUCAGAUAUUGAUUGCUGCUACCAUUCACAUUCAAGUGCUUCGUCUUGCUGGUUCUCACUUCUCAGUCUAUGUCUGACAAUGGAGGGAGGGGAAAACUCUGUUCUUGGUAAAUCUUGUUACUUUAGUUUUGAGCUUUGACAUCUGGGUUGAUUUGGCCUUUUUGAUGAUAAAAUAAUGGAGAAGAGAGUGCAAAAAGGGAGGGGAUGAAAAGUUACUGGGUGUAUGCAAAAUCUUGGUUCUUUAUUAGUAGAGGACCAAAAAGGCAAUUAGCUUUAAGGUAAUGACCUUUUGAUGAACAUCAACUUUUUUCUUUGAUUGUGUGCGGCUCUGCAGCACUGCCUUUUCCCUGUAGAUUCCCUGCUUCCUUGUUUGCCAGCGAAACUUUAAGCAGUUUUUUUUUCUUUCUGCCAGCAAAAUGAUUUGGAUUUCUUGUUUGAUGUGUUUAGAUAUAAUCUCCACCACUAAGAAAAGGUCUCACAACAGGCCUACAUGAUCCACAUUUCUUUUUGUUUCCAUGAUAGAUGUUCAUAUCUUUGAAGUUAUGAUGGCACAAAGGUCAAUUUAUAGACUUGAGAUUUGCGUAGGUUUGAAUACCAUACGGGAUUGUCGGGAUUUGAAUACAAGGUCUUUCUAUCAAUGAAUGUUCUAAUAAUAUGUUAAUAACCAAUAUGUCCUGAUAAGUCGGGUUGUUGAGGAAUUUUAAGUAUGGAUAAUAUAUGAUUUAUUAACAUGGUGAUGUUGGCCGAAAUCAAGGUAAUUUCAAAUCGUCAUGGUUGUCAGCUCAACCACAGGGCAAGUGUUCUAAGGCAUAAAGUUUUGGCCAGUCCGUGCCUAUUGUAGAUGGUAUUCUACCCAGUGAGAGUGUUGGGCUUUGAAUUCGAGAUUUUCAUUCAAAACGAAUUUAAUUAUCGUUGUAUCGUGUCUACAGAUGAUGCAUAACCCAGCAUGUUUAGAAAUAUCUUAUAUGUUAAACUCAUAUUCAUACUCGAUCGACCUAAUGAUGACAUAAGAUGGAGAAGUCUAGAAGAUGAUUGGAGAGUGUAACCCUCCUUAUCCCUCCCUAAAUCUAUACAUAUCCCAUUUGCAUAUCUCAAAAUGAGCUAAUCAUUGGUUAUUGGCAUUAUUAUUAAUAGUAUUGUUUACUAAUGAAAUGAUACCAUCAUU